AUGAGGACCACUCAAGCAUUCGUAGGCCUCUUCGCCGCCACGGCCUACGGGCGCGUGGCCAGGCGGGCCGCCUUCGCAGACGGUGACGCAUGCAUCGCCGCCGAGGCGCUGGCCGACGGCAUCCAGAGCAACAUCGACCUGCAGACGGGUGAGCAGGCCAGCGUGGAGAGGGUCAAGGCCGCCGUGAGCCAGAAUCCCGUCGACCAGGCCGCCUUCACCGCCGCCAAGACACAACUGCUCGACUUUGUCAACGCAGGCAUCGGGGCCCGCGAGAACAACCAGGCCAUUGCGCCCGAAGGCAAUGCCGCCAUCGCUGGUCUUGCAGUUGUACAAAAAGCCCAGGCUGAGGAGCUCCAGCUGGCUCAGUCUCUCAAGGGAGACGCCAGUGACCUCGACAUCGUCUCAAAGCUCGAGACGGACUUUGCUGGUGGCAUCAAGCAGAACCAGCAGAACGCCGCCGACGCCGUCGUCCCGCAGACGGGCUGGAUAUUCGGGGCCAUCAUGAUCUCCCAGGCGAUGGUGGUCGUCGGCAUCCUGUCCCUCCGGAAGAAGCGGCACGAAAACCUGGCCAAGGCUGAUGAGGGCUACGAGAUGAGAUCGUCACAUGAGGAUGCGCUGACCUGA